GGGCCUGUGUGUGAUCGGGCUAGCGACAGCUGGGGCAGGGGAGCGCUCUGCGCUUUUGGUCCGAGAUCAUAAACUGAACGCAUACAUCAACAGACAUAGAUCGCGUUCAGUGUCCUUGUUAAGUUGUUCUGCUGCAGCGUUUUAGAUAACUAAAAAAUUCGCCUUGGCAAGGCGGUUUGGCUCACAAUAAAAACGCGUGCAGUCUUAGGUAGCAUAUAUGCACGGUUUACGCCUUCCUCUAUUGUCUCAACUGAUGUCGCUAGACUGCUCUGAAACGAGCGCUUUUUUCUCUCCACCGGAAGAUCUGACGAUCGUUGCAUAUUGUUGGUCCUGUUAUCGUGAGUGACUGCGCCUGUAGCCGCCGCUGAUUGUCCUCUUAAUAGCGUCUUGACUUGGAUCCAUACGCGACUGAAUUCAGUGGAGAAACCUUGAGAAGAUCCUUUCUUUGCUUUUCACCAGUCUUCAUUUGGAAACCAACGGUUGCGCACUGCCAAACACAAGCGGAUACAGGUACUCCCUUUCAGUGGUUCUUGGUUGUGUGCUGGGACAAGCUGGAUACUGUAGCCAGGGGUCUAAUGGUGCUGCUCGACCUGGCGAGAAACUGAGAGGAUAUUCUCCUUCCCUCUCUCCCACCCUCACUUCACCCUCCUCAACAUGUCUGCCAUACAGACCAUCUGGCCUCCAGGCACUGAGUGUGUGGCUAGGUACAAUUUUUCUGGCACAACUGACCAGGACCUGCCCUUGUGUAAAGGAGAUGUCCUGACCAUUAUAGGGGUCACUAAGGACCCAAACUGGUACAAAGCCAAGAACACAGUUGGACGAGAGGGUACCAUCCCGGCAAACUAUGUUCAGAAGCGAGAAGGGGUGAAGUCCUGUGCCAAACUCAGCCUUAUGCCAUGGUUCCAUGGGAAGAUCACACGCGAACAAGCAGAGAGGCUGCUCUACCCACCUGAGACUGGCCUCUUCCUGGUGCGUGAGAGCACCAACUACCCCGGUGACUACACUCUCUGCGUCAGCUGUGAUGGCAAGGUGGAGCACUACCGCAUCAUCUACCAUGGUGGCAAGCUCACCAUAGAUGAGGAGGAGUACUUUGAGAACCUCAUGCAGCUUGUGGAGCACUACACCAAAGACGCAGAUGGCCUGUGUACCAAACUUAUCAAACCCAAGCUCAUGGAGGGGACUGUCGCAGCACAGGAUGAGUUCUUGCGAAGUGGAUGGGCACUGAAUCGCAAAGAACUGAAGCUCCUUCAAACCAUAGGAAAAGGGGAAUUUGGGGAUGUGAUGGUGGGGGACUACAGAGGCACUAAAGUGGCUGUGAAGUGCAUCAAACAUGACGCCACCGCGCAGGCCUUCGUUGCAGAGGCCUCAGUCAUGACGCAAAUGAGACAUAACAACCUGGUGCAGCUUUUGGGGGUGAUUGUGGAGGAGAAGGGGAGCCUGUUCAUUGUCACAGAGUACAUGGCCAAGGGCAGCCUGGUGGACUACUUGCGCUCUAGAGGACGCACUGUUAUUGGGGGAGACUGUCUGCUUAAAUUCUCCAUGGAUGUGUGUGAGGCCAUGGAGUACCUGGAGGCCAAUAACUUUGUCCACAGAGAUCUGGCAGCACGGAAUGUUCUAGUGUCCGAGGACAACAUUGCCAAAGUCAGCGAUUUUGGUUUGACCAAGGAGGCAUCGUCUACUCAGGACACUGCUAAGCUCCCAGUGAAAUGGACAUCUCCUGAAGCUUUAAGAGAAAAGAAGUUCUCCACUAAGUCUGAUGUAUGGAGCUAUGGAAUCUUGCUCUGGGAGAUCUACUCCUUUGGCCGUGUUCCAUACCCAAGAAUUCCUCUAAAGGAGGUGGUCCCACGUGUGGAGAAAGGCUACAAGAUGGACGCGCCAGACGGCUGCCCUCCAGCUGUCUAUGACCUCAUGAAGCAGUGCUGGACACUGGAUGUGGCAUUACGGCCCAGCUUCCAGGAUCUGAGAGAGAGCCUGCAGCAAAUCCGAGCCAAGGAGCUCUACCUGUGAGCGUACGGGUCCAGGAAUGCCACUGAACCCAUCACGGGGAGAGUGAGAGAAAAGAAGUGGGACCACAUAAGGGCCCCUCUCUGGGACCACCCAACACACGUCCUCAGACCAGCACUCCGACUUCACUGACCUAAGGAAACAACAAAACGCAGACAUGCAUAGUAAAUGUAAUGUUGGCCAAAUUCUGUUAGCGAGUUCCACAUUUUUUUUUCUUCUUUUGUUUCUUUCUUUCCUUGUGGCUUCAUGAUUUGUGUUGCUGAAUCGGGGAGGCUGGCCUUCUCUAGCGUAUCCGCCUCUGUUUGAUCUUGUACGUGUCCCACCUCUACCGGAUCACCUCCCGUCCUCACUCAUCAGUUAACCCCCCCCCCCUCCCCACACCCACCCAGACUACAGAGAUGGCAGUUCUCCUCUGGUGGAAACUGUUGUAUGGAAUGAGAUUGGUGGUGUUCUCAGUUGGGGGUGUUCCCCUCAGUGCCAACUCACAUUUGAGCUCCUGUUCUCACUCUCGGACCUUGGAGUCUAAAACUGACACGCCGAUUCCUCUUGCAGUCGUGUACGAUACCACCUUGUGCUCACGUUGUUGAGACAUUGUUGUGUGUGUGUGUGUGUGUGUGUGUGUGUGUGUGUGUGUGUGCGUGUGUGUGCGUGUGUGCGUGCGCGUGCCUCCUCUCCAGAUGUUGGUGAGAUGAAUCAUCUGUGUCACUGUGCCUCCAGUGCACUGGACACUGGACCCUACCCCUCAGCUGUUGUUAUUAUUUAGUUUUUAUAUGUUGUUUACCUCUUGAUUUUUUUGUAUUUCAAUUUCUUUCACAGACUUGACUGAAACAAAUUGGUCUGGACAUCUGAUCUUUGUCUGUGGUAACAGGUUGAACAUGUUUGCAUUCCCAUGGUGAAAAUAUGGAUAGUCUGGGUGGUUAGUUCUUUUGGAUCCAAAAAAGCCCUACCCAUGUCAGAGCAUAGUGUAUGACACAUGUAAGAAGAUAAUGAAGAUAAUAUAAACCUGUCAGUAUA